AUGGGCAGGGAGCUGGCGCACCCGCCAAAGGACGGGGUCUCCAACCUCCGCUUCUCGAGGAGCAGCGACCGCCUCCUCGUCUCCUCCUGGGAGAAGACGGUGCGGCUCUACGACGCUCGGGCCAACGAGCCGGUGGGGGUGGUGUUCACGCACAAGGGCCCCGUGCUGGACUGCUGCUUCCACGACGACGACUCGGGGUUCAGCGCCUCCGCCGACCACGUCGUGCGAAGGCUGGCGUUUAUUGCUGAUAGCAGUUAUCGCUUGGGAAGCCAUGUUGGUCCAGUGUCCUGUGUGGAGUACUCCUACGACCAAGGGCAAGUUAUCACUGGCAGCUGGGAUAAGACUAUAAAGUGCUGGGAUCCAAGAGGUGUUAAUGGGCCGCAAGAGCAUGCACUUAUUGGGACACAUAACCAACCUGAACGUGUAUACUCACUUUCAUUAGCAGGAUAUAAGUUGGUUGUUGCGACAGCAGGAAGGCAUGUGAAUGUUUAUGAUUUGCGCCGUAUGUCUGAGCCUGAGCAGCAAAGGAUGUCUUUCCUGAGUUAUCAAACACGCUGUGUUGAGUGUUAUCCAAAUGGAACUGGAUUUGCUUUGGGUUCUGUGGAAGGACGAGUUGCAAUGGAUUUCUUUGAUCAAACUGCAGCUGGUCUCUCUAAGAGGUAUGCUUUCAAGUGCCAUCGAUUGAAUGAGGGCCGACGAAUAGUUGUAUAUCCUGUCAAUGCAAUUACAUUUCACCCAAGCUAUGGAACGUUUGCCACCGGUGGAGCUGAUGGAUUUGUAUACACCUGGGAUGGAGAAAGCAAAAAGAAGUUGUUUCAGUACCCCAAGCACGAAACUAGCAUUGCUGCGCUGUCUUUCAGCAGGGAUGGCAGUCUGCUCGCUGUUGCAUCCAGUUACACUUACCUAAAGGGAGAUAUAGACCAUCCGCCUGAUAAGAUCUUUAUCCGCGAUGUCAACGACUUGGAAGUAAAGCCGAGGCCUAAAUUAUUCCCAAAGUUUGCGUCAGCCUAG